CUCUGAGACGUUCGGCUGCUUUGUUGAAGUUGUGUUCAAACUUUCAGAACUCAAUUUUCUCCGCGCAGCAGUAACAGCAUGACUCCCGACCACCGCUGGCUCAUUUGGUGCGCCGUCUCUCUCUGCUGUCUCGCCUGUUUUGUGUCUUGCAGAAGUGGAGAUGGUGCACGGACAGAGCUUUUCAUCUUCAGUGAGCUGUGUGCCCUGAAAGAUGAGCCCGGGCCUUGCAAAGCCAUUAAGACCAGAUACUACUUCAACAUCGACACUGGACAGUGUGAGCAGUUUGAAUAUGGAGGAUGUGGGGGAAAUGCAAACAACUUUGCCUCUUUGGAAGCAUGUCAGGAAAUGUGCAUUGUGUCGGCUGACAAGAACCCUUGUCAUUUAGGGGAAGCUCCUGGCCCUUGCCGAGGGCUUUUGACACGCUACUUCUAUGACACCAGGAGUCAGAAAUGCAAACAUUUCUUUUAUGGAGGCUGCUUUGGUAAUGCCAACAAUUUCAGGAGCAUGAUGGAGUGCCAGCACAAAUGUCAGAACCCAGCAAAAACCACCAAGGCACCAGAGGUCAACACUCUGCCUGUGAAACCUUCCAGACGUGUCAUGCCAAUGCCAACUGAAAUGCUUUUAAGACAAACUCAGCCUCAAGUGAAUAAGUCAGACCAACAUCGGAAAGGGGCUCCAGACUUCACACCACCAGAGGUUUGUCUCAGCCCUGUGGACAGUGGAUCUUGUAAUGGUGCAGAAAAGAGGUUUGCAUACAACCCGAACACAAAGAGGUGCCACAUGUUUCGCUACAGUGGCUGUGGAGGAAAUGCCAACAACUUUUCCCACCGUAGGCAUUGCAUUCGAAAGUGCCUGAAGAUUGAUCAUGCUCAUGGGACGAAAAUGAUCCGUAUCAGGAGGAAAAAUAUUAACAACAUUUUGUUUCGCACAGCCUGAGCACGUGAUUUUUUCAUAACAGAUACUUCCGUAUUUAUACUUUGAUUUCACUCAUAUCUACUAUUUGUCUGUUUUUUUCAUACUUACUGUGAAAAUAAUGUCCAGAGUGGCUGCAUUACACUUUGUGGGAACAAUGUUCCCUUUUCAUUAUUUUCCACAUUAAAUCAAGGUUUUACAAAUGGGGAUGCUUGCAGCUUUGACAAAAACCUUUGCUUUUUGUUUUGCAGAGAUGUAUUUGUGUGUAUACACAUACAUAUACACACACACACACACAUAUAUAUAUAUAUACACAUUGAAUUUGAGCCUUUUGAAUUGUAUGCCACAUGACAUUAAUUAUUUAUCCCAUUGUAUGAGUUGUACCAUUUGCCUUUUUCUCCCAUGUGUUUUAUUUUAUUACAGGCCUCCAUUAGCUUUUCAUACAAAUUGUUCCUUGAUAUGAUGAAGCUAAGUCCAGCAGCCGCAGUUUUCAUUGGGCUGUCUUUAGUACCUGUUGAAGCAAUGUCAGAUGAUAACUUUGCAAAGUUGUUAUUGAGAUUUCUUGCUGAACUCAGUGGUGUGUCAGUGAGUCGCCUGUGGAGUGUAAUGAACUGCUGGGUCCCACUGCUGUCUGAUUCCUGCUCCGAGACACACAAACUAAUUUUAAGUAAGUUAUAAAAUGGUGCAGAUCCAUUUUGGCUUCAUAUAGAUCAAAUAAUGAGGCAUAAUUGAAAUAUUAUAGCUUCAUUACUUCUGAAUAUAUUUUAAAAUAAUCACAAAUAUUUUGAAGUAAUUUUAAACUUUAUUAUAAAAAGUUGAAAUGAACAGCAUUUUUACAUAUUUUUAAUGGUCUCUCACAGCCUACCUGCAGGGGGCAUAGCCCAGACUUUGGCUCUCACUGGUUUACAACUUAUAAACUCAUUGGUUCACAGUAAAAUUGCUGAAACUGUUCUGCUGUAGUGAUUCUGAUUUGAUUUGAGGCGUAUUGAGUCCAGGUCUGUUCAACCCAAUUAUCAGUGAGUUUUGGUAGAUUUGUGGAUUUAUUGGACAAUAUGAAAGUAUUUUUCCCCCACAAAGGCUCACUUGGUUGCAUUCAUAAACAAAAAUGCCAUUUGAAUUGUGUGUUUAAUCAUGUCUAUUUUAUAUUAAAUUUUGUUGUAUCUGAAACUAGUUUGCGUGAAUUACACAGGCCUAAUAGGUUUUGCACAGCACUAUGUAUAUACUUUAUAGGUUUCCUGGAUUUUUGUUUUAGACUGAACUUUGCUUCCUAUUCUGUUUUCUAAAUAGUUGAAUCAGUUUAAUGUUGUUGAUGUAGUAGCUAAGAUAACCAAAGGGGGGCAGGGUUGUAUAGGUUUUGAUUUCACAGAGGUUCACUGCAAUGAACUUGCUUGGUUGCACAAUAUUUGUUGUGGUUUUGUAGACAACACUGUUGUUCUGAAUAUUACACAAUAAAGUUCUAAACAGUC